AUGUAUAAAGGAUUAGAAAAUCAAUUUGCGAAGUCUAGAUCUCGAUAUCAGUUUAACAUUGAUCGCAUUGCGGAGAAGUACUGUAAUGCAUCAAACAAGCGUGAAUUGGCACUUGAAACAUUACAGAGAGAUUUUGGAAACUCAUAUAUUUCAUCACCAGUUGUGGAAUUGGAAGAUGAAAGUAACAUAGCAAUUUGUGAACGCCUCAAUGAGGAUUUCGAGAUGGAAUAUGGAAAACGCAUAUGCUUGGAUGGUGGUGGAAAUGUGAGACAAUGUGUUCCUGCAAGUGGCGGAGAACAUAAAAACUGUUCUUCCAAUAUGAUGUGGGGAGAACAAUUUGCUGCCGUUGGAAAAUACAAUUCUGACUGCAUCACAUUACGUGCUAACAUUGCCAACAUGCUGACGAACUCCGUGGAAGAAGAGUCAUAUGAAACAGAAACUAAGAGAUUAAGAGGAGGUGGACCUAUCAAUAAUCGCAUCAUUGAUGUGAUUACAUCACCGAUCAAAGAAGGCCCAGUUGAAACCCAUAUGAAUAACCAUCUAACAAUACCCACAUUGAAAAAUAACGCACUAAAUCCUCGUCGUCUACAGUCUUCAUCUGAUAAAGACCGAUUUAAUCUUGCAAAUAACGAAACAUUCCUGAAUGCAUGGUUUCGUAACGCGGAAAAAUACUGGAAUAAUGGUAAUUUCGUUCAAGACCGGAGUCUUCGCUGGCGUGCAGCGUACAAUGCGCAGCGCGCUGCACACCGUAACCUCGGCUAUGUAAACAUGUUAGAUCACUAAUUCUUUUAUGGCUCUGUAAAUGUGUCAAAUCGGUAAUUCUUUCAGCAAAUUUCACAGUUUUUGACUUAGUGGAUUUAUAAGAGAUGCACUGGCUAACAGGUAUUGUAAUCAUUUUAUGGAUAGUAUAGUUCUGGAUUCCUGAAUUAAACCACUUUUUAGUCUUUUUUUUUGUGAUAGCUGUGGUCGUGAAAGAGGUCUGCUAAAUUUUUUU